AUGGAGCCCGCUCGUGUCCUGGUGCUCCUGGCCGCUCUGCUCCACUCCGCUCAGUGCGUUCCUGUAGGGAUGGGUCGUGGCCUGGACGACAGGGGCGGAGUCAGGCGUGCGCGGCGGGAAGUGCUGCCGUACGAAGACCGCAUGAUGUCACUUGCUGUGCCAGAGGAGGACUGGAGGGGGCGGGGCCUAGAGCAGGCCCUUCAGCGAUUGGUGGAGAGAGACCAGAGGCGGGAGCAGCAGCAGGAGCAGCAACAGAGAGCAGCGUACAUGUCGGCCAUGAUGCAGCUGCUGGCGGAUGCAGAGAGAGCAGGGCUGGUGAACGCUGAGCUGGACCAGGACCAGGAAGAGAGCCCUGCAGAGAUCAAGACCAUCCCGGACUAUGACGACAUGAGCCCCAGACUCACCAUGAGCCGGCCCCAGGCCCCCUGGUGGAGACUGGUGGAACCACAGCUGGCAGAGGCACUGCUCCAGAGACUGGACCCAGACUUUGCUGAAGCUCUUUUGAACAAACUCCAGCAAACUCAGCGACCAGGACCAAGAGAGACUGACGAGGAGACACUAAGGCGUCUGAUUGGUCAGAUCCUUUCCAGUCUGGAUGCGAGUGAUUCUGUGAGACCAUCAAGCCGCAGAAUGAGAAGAGACCUGUCUGACUCCGCCCCCUCACCCCUGAACCCCUCCCACAAGAGGAGCCGCCGUUCCCUUGACGAUGCCCCUCCCAGCGCUGACCCUCCACUGCUACGGGUGAAGCGACUGGAGGAGGAGGAGGAGCUGGAGCCACGCUCACUUGCCGGGCUGCAGCGAAUCAAACGCAUCGACCUGGAAGAUCACGGGAGUCGCAGGAGGAAGAGGCGAGCCGUGGUGAACUAUGACCCCCAGAUCCUCCUGAGGCAGGCGCUGGAGCUGAUGAGGGAGUAG